AUGGACGGCUCAAUUCCAGAAGUCGGGCGACGGCAGCAACAGCAGGAAGAGACCCUCCUGUCGCCGCUUCUGUCGCCGCGUUUGUCGCCGGUUUCGCAGCGAGCGGCCGACGGCGUCGCACGGGCCCCUCAGCGAUUCCCGCAGGUGCUUUCCCUGCGAAGCGCGAUCGCGGAGACUGCGAGGGAGGAGGACGACGACCAUCCUUGGCUCGCGAGCAGUUUCUGUGGCCCCGCAAAUUGCGCUGCGAAAGGCGCAUCUGGCUCCACGUCAGCAGCGGCGGAAGAUGCGGAUCCGACGGAGCUCAGCAGCUUUGCGUGCGUGUACCAUCAAGGUUUGCUGCUUCAGCGUAUGUCCGCCUCUCCUUUUCCUUCUCUCCCCCCUUCCUUUUUUUUUCCCCCCCCUGCACCCCCCUCCACCCGUUUUCCACCCCUCUCCACCCCACUCCACGCCUCCCCACCCUCCGCCACCCUGUCCAACCCUCUCCACCCCUCCCCUUACAGUCUCGACGCGUCCUCUCGUGCGCGCAUGGCUCUGCGCGCCUCCUUCCACCUCUUCCCCCUCCUCCCCGCGCUCCUCCUCCGCUUCUCCGCCCUCCAGCGCCUCACCCUGCGCUGCGACCACCCCCCGCCCGCCCUCCUCGCGUCCGCGGGGGAAGGGGGAAGCAGCAGCGCGGGGGGAGGCGGCGGCGGACGAGAGGGCGCGGGCGGGGCAGGCGGAGGGGGAGAGUACCAGUAUUAUCACUAUCAGCAGGCGCAUCAGAUGGGGGGAGGCGGAGGGGGAGGCGGAGGGGGGGGGUAUGCGGGCGGGUAUGUGUGUGGGGGGAUGGGGAGGAAGCCUAAUCCGGCGAGGAGCAUAGGGGACACGAGUCUACAGCUCAUAGCUCGCUCUCUGCCCCACCUCAAGAAGUUGGAUUUGCGCAACUGCCUCGAGGUGACAGACGCGGGCAUGGAGGCAAUUGCGCGCUCGUGCACGGGGCUGCACAAGUUUGUGGCGGACAAUUACCGGUUCGGCGGCAAGGGCAUUGCGGCGCUGCUGCUGCACUGCACUGAGCUGAACGACCUGACUCUUGUGCACAGUGCCAGUGCGGGUCAGCCUAUGCCCAUGCCCGCACCCUCCACCACCCACCCCCUCCUGCCCGCCUCACCCCCCACCACCCUCUCCAUCCGCCGCCUCUGCCUCAAGGACCAACGGAAUGCCGCCAUGUGGCAGCCCGUCAUGGAGGCGUGUGGGGGGAGUUUGGAGACGCUCAUUCUGGGGCGCAACAUGGGCAGCUGGGACGUGGCGCUUGAGGGGCUGGUUGCGCGGAACAAGACAGCGGUGUUGAGGCAGGUGAGCCGGAGAGGAAAGGUAAAGGAGCCGACGAGCUUUUUGCACCAGACGGGGGUCACGCCCUCUAGUGCCCCCUCCUCCUCUCCUACUGCUUUUCGCACUGCAGUGAUCUUUCAACUCACCUUAUUUUCCACUCUCCUUUUCCCUCUUCAGCUGCUCGUUGAGAAGACCCUCCUAUCCGACCGCGCUCUACACGCCCUCGCCCAGUGCGCCCAUCUGGAGCUCAUGGGCAUCGUGCACUCGCCGCACUGCACCGACGAUGGCAUGGCUGCAGUGGCCGCUGGCUGCCCCCAGCUGCGGUGGGUGCACAUCGACGGGUGGGCGACGGGGCACAUUGGGGACGUGGCUCUCACGGCGAUUGCCAAGCACUGCAGUCAGUUGCAGGACCUGGUGAUAGUGGGGGGCUCCUGCACGCUGCCCUCCCUGCAGCAGCUCGCCGCCGGCUGCCCCAAUCUCGACCGCCUCACUCUCUGCUACAUGCGCUCCAUUGGCGACCAGGAAGCUUCCUGCAUCGCCACCUCCUGCCUGAAGCUCCGCCGGCUCUGCCUCCUCGCCUGCCCGAAUAUUACCGACGCCGCCGUUCUUUUCCUCGCCACGGGCUGCCCGGGCCUCGCCACGUUGAAGCUUCGCCGCUGCCCGCUGGUGACCCGGGCAGCGGUGGAAAUGUUUCGGGAGGCGCGGCCGGAGGUGGAGUCCCCUCAUCCCACUCGACCUGACGUUGCCUCUGUACCGCCUGCUGCCUCUCUCCCAUCUGCCGCCUCUCUCCCACCUGCCGCCUCUUUACCACCAUCCUCCUCUCUACCACCUGCCGUCUCUCUCCCACCUGCCGCCUCUCUACCACCAUCCUCCUCUCUCCCACCUGCCGCGUCGUUUCCACCUUCCACCUCUCUCCCACCUGCCGCCUCUUUUCAACCGGCCCCCUCUUUCCCGCGUGCCUCAUCUGUGCAACCAGCCUCCUCUGUUCCACCUGCCGCCUCGCUGCCUCCUUCCACCUCUCUCCCACCUGUCGCAUCUUUUCCACCUUCCACCUCUCUCCCACCUGUCGCAUCUUUUCCACCUUCCACCUCUCUCCCACCUGUCGCAUCUUUUCCACCUUCCACCUCUCUCCCACCUGUCGCAUCUUUUCCACCUUCCACCUCUCUCCCACCUGCCACCUCUUUGCCAGCAGCCCCCUCUUUCCCGCGUGCCUCAUCUGUGCAACCUGCUUCCUCGUUUCCACCUGCCGCCUCGCUGCCUCCUGCCUCCUCUUUUCCACGUGCCUCCUCUGUGCCACAUGGCUCCUUUGCGGCUCAACCACCACCACCACCAGCAGCAAGAGAAGCAACAAUGGGGAACGGGGGAACGAAGGGCAAAGUAAAGCUGACGUCCCUCUUUCAAGACGCUGUGAGGCGACUCAAAGCAGCAGGCAAGGGCAGCGGCAGCAGUGGGAGCGGCAGCAGUGGGAGCACGAAGGAUGGGGGGAACCUGGUGGAUAGAAUGAAUGCUCAGGCUCACCCGCAGGGGGGGUUGGUGGCCACUCACACUCAGACGGAGCCGCCUCCCCUGCCUGCCUUCAUGCAGCACCUUGCUCCCAGUCACUCUCGCAAGCGGUAG